UAUCAAAUGUGCCAGUUUUGACUCUCACACUACACAAUUUCAGUCACCCCCCAAAACCUCUGCCUCCACCGCAGUCCGGCGUCGUAGGGGCCUUGUGGGAAGCGGGUGGACAGAAUUCUGCAGUGGGAAUGGGAUUGCUCUGAAGCUUCAUAAGUAAAUUCCUCCUCUUCUAUUCAGGACAUGGAAACCAGUAACAGCCACAAUGGUGGUAUUAUGUGGUUCUUUAAAGACAAAGGUUUUGACGACAAUAGCAUUCAUGAGAUGCUGAAGAAGUGUAAACGCCUUGAAGGUGUACCAAGAGAAAAAGCAUCUGAAAAUUGGGCUUAUUUGAAAAGCAUAGGCAUUCAAGAAAGGAAACUUCCAUCUAUGGUUGGAAAAUGUCCGAAAAUUCUAGCUCUUGGCUUGAACGAGAAAUUGGUGCCUAUGGUUGAGUGCCUCGCAACACUGGGGACAAAACGUAACGAAGUUGCAUCUGCUAUUACUAAAUUUCCUAACAUACUCUCGCACAGUGUAGAAGAGAAGCUGUGUCCGCUUCUGGCUUUCUUUGAAUCCCUAGGUCUUGCAGAAAAACAAAUCGGUAAAAUGAUGCUUUUGAACCCCAGAAUCAUUAGCUACAGCAUUGAGACAAAGCUUUCUGAACUAGUGCAGUUCCUUUGCAGUCUUGGAUUGACAAGAGAUGAAAUGAUUGGUAAAAUUCUGGCAAGACACCCCUUCAUUAUGGGUUUUAGCGUUGACAAAAGACUGCGUCCGACAUCAGAGUUCUUGAGAUCAUUGGGUCUAACUGAAGCAGAUCUGCAAAGAGUAGUUAUUAAUUUCCCUGAAGUUUUGUCUAGAGAUGUCGAAAAGAUACUGAGGCGCAAUGUUGAAUACCUGAAGUCCUGUGGGUUUGGACAUGGGCAAAUAGCAGCUCUGGUUGCUGGUUACCCUCCAGUUUUGAUCAAGAGCGUGACCAAUUCCUUAGCCCCAAGAAUUGAAUUCUUGACGCAUGUGAUGGGGAGAAGAAUUGACGAAAUUGCUGAAUAUCCGGACUUUUUCAGACAUGGUUUGAAGAAAAGAUUAGAGCCGCGGCAUAAAGUUUUGAAAAAGAAAAAUAUUAUCGUUAGUUUGAGUGAAAUGUUAGACUGUAACCAGAAGAAGUUUGUUUCCAAGUUUUGUUUAGCCGAGCAGCUUGCAUAACUCAAUCUUAGACACUAAAAUUUUUCGCUAUUGAUUGCCUGUGGUUGUUUAGCCUCACUGGCCUAAACUGUUCUCUUCUUUCUGUUCCUUAUUGAUGGUUCAUUAAUUCGCCAUGUGGCCCUUUUAAAGAACAAUCAGAUCACCCUAACAGCACCGUAGAACUACAGUCAGAAUACUUCACAACAUUCAAAGAAAUCACAUAAAUAUGCUCCGAAGAACUGAUAAGC